AAAUCGCUCUCGGCUCCUUCCUGUAGUAACAGCCGCCGCUGCUGCUGCCGCCAGGAGCCCGGGCCCGAGCGAGAGCCGCCGGGCGGACCGCCGGCCCCGCCGCUGGACGGCUCGGCCCUGCAGGUACCCGGCCAUGGCGGGGUGGAUCCAGGCCCAGCAGCUGCAGGGAGAUGCGCUGCGCCAAAUGCAGGUGCUGUAUGGGCAGCACUUCCCCAUCGAGGUCCGGCACUACUUGGCACAGUGGAUCGAGAGCCAGCCGUGGGAUGCCAUUGACUUGGACAGUCCUCAAGACCGGGCCCAGGCUACCCAGCUCCUGGAAGGCCUGGUGCAGGAGCUACAGAAGAAGGCGGAACACCAGGUGGGGGAAGAUGGGUUCUUGCUGAAGAUCAAGCUGGGGCACUAUGCCACACAGCUCCAGAACACGUAUGACCGCUGCCCCAUGGAGCUGGUCCGCUGCAUCCGCCACAUUCUGUACAAUGAACAGAGGCUGGUCCGAGAAGCCAACAAUGGCACUUCUCCAGCUGGCAGCCUUGCUGAUGCCAUGUCCCAGAAACACCUUCAGAUCAACCAGACGUUUGAGGAGCUGCGACUGGUCACGCAGGACACGGAAAAUGAACUGAAGAAGCUGCAGCAGACUCAGGAGUACUUCAUCAUCCAGUAUCAGGAGAGCCUGAGGAUCCAGGCUCAGUUUACCCAGCUGUCUCAGCUGACCCCCCAGGAGCGCCUGAGCCGGGAGACGACCCUCCAGCAGAAGCAGGUGUCCCUGGAGGCCUGGCUGCAGCGCGAGGCCCAGACACUGCAGCAGUACCGCGUGGAGCUGGCUGAGAAGCACCAGAAGACCUUGCAGCUGUUGCGGAAGCAGCAGACCAUCAUUCUGGAUGAUGAGCUGAUCCAGUGGAAGAGGCGGCAGCAGCUGGCAGGGAAUGGGGGCCCCCCCGAGGGCAGCCUGGAUGUGCUGCAGUCCUGGUGUGAGAAGUUGGCAGAGAUCAUCUGGCAGAACCGGCAGCAGAUCCGCAGAGCCGAGCACCUCUGCCAGCAGCUGCCCAUCCCCGGCCCCGUGGAGGAGAUGCUGGCAGAGGUCAACGCCACCAUCACAGACAUCAUCUCAGCCCUGGUGACCAGCACCUUCAUUAUCGAGAAGCAGCCCCCCCAGGUCCUGAAGACGCAGACCAAGUUUGCGGCCACAGUGCGCCUGCUGGUGGGCGGGAAGCUCAAUGUGCACAUGAAUCCCCCCCAGGUGAAGGCCACCAUCAUCAGCGAGCAGCAAGCCAAGUCGCUGCUCAAGAAUGAGAACACCCGCAAUGAGUGUAGUGGAGAGAUCUUGAACAACUGCUGUGUGAUGGAGUAUCACCAAGCCACAGGCACCCUCAGUGCCCACUUCAGAAACAUGUCACUAAAGAGGAUCAAGCGUGCUGACAGGCGGGGCGCAGAGUCAGUGACAGAGGAGAAGUUCACGGUCCUGUUUGAAUCUCAAUUCAGCGUUGGCAGCAAUGAGCUUGUGUUCCAGGUUAAGACCCUGUCCCUUCCCGUGGUUGUCAUCGUUCAUGGUAGUCAGGACCACAAUGCUACUGCCACUGUACUUUGGGACAAUGCCUUUGCUGAACCGGGCAGGGUGCCAUUCGCCGUGCCUGACAAAGUGCUGUGGCCACAGCUGUGUGAAGCCCUCAACAUGAAGUUCAAGGCUGAGGUGCAGAGCAACCGGGGCCUGACCAAGGAGAACCUCGUGUUCCUGGCGCAGAAACUGUUCAACAGCAGCAGCAGCCACCUCGAGGACUACAGCAGCAUGUCCGUGUCCUGGUCCCAGUUCAACAGGGAGAACUUGCCCGGCUGGAACUACACCUUUUGGCAGUGGUUCGAUGGGGUCAUGGAGGUGCUGAAGAAGCAUCACAAGCCCCACUGGAAUGAUGGGGCCAUCCUUGGUUUUGUGAAUAAGCAACAGGCCCACGACUUACUCAUCAACAAGCCAGAUGGGACCUUCUUGUUACGCUUUAGUGACUCAGAAAUUGGGGGGAUCACCAUUGCCUGGAAGUUUGACUCUCCUGACCGAAACUUGUGGAACCUGAAGCCAUUCACCACGAGGGAUUUUUCCAUCCGGUCACUGGCCGAUCGGCUGGGGGACCUGAGCUAUCUCAUCUAUGUGUUUCCCGACCGGCCCAAGGAUGAGGUCUUCUCCAAGUACUACACUCCUGUGCUCGCUAAAGCAGUGGAUGGAUACGUGAAGCCACAGAUCAAGCAAGUGGUACCUGAGUUUGUGAAUGCCUCUGCGGACUCUACCGGGGGCAGCGCCACCUACAUGGAUCAGGCCCCCUCCCCCGCUGUGUGCCCCCAGACUCAUUAUAACAUGUUCCCACAGAACCCUGACCCUGUCAUCGAUCAGGAUGGAGAAUUUGACCUGGAUGAGACUAUGGACGUGGCGAGGCAUGUGGAGGAACUCUUACGCCGCCCGAUGGACAGUCUGGACCCCCGGCUCUCCCCGCCCACUGGGCUCUUCACUUCUGCCCGCGGCUCACUCUCCUGAAUGUGUGAAUACGACGCUUCCUCUCUGGGAACAUACUCAGCACCAAGGAUUCAUAUUCAUUGUCAUUCUAAUAUUGCUGUGCAUAUCGGUGCCCCUUCUGCGGGCAGCACAUGUCUGUGCACAUGUAAGCGUGUGUGCGUGUGUGUGUGUGUGUGUGUGUGUGUGUGUCUGCAUGAGGUGUGCUUGGGUGUGUGGCUGUGGCAGCUACAGCCGCCACCUUCUCCAGAUAAAAGCGUUCUGACAGCUCACCGGGUCUGUCUCUGUGGUAGAGAUGGAGCUGCUUCUGUUGCAGGUACUCAAUGCAGACAGACCUGUCCUUGCCAGGGCCUUUGCUCAGCAGCUAUCUGAAUGACAUUCUCCAAGGGGGAUGAAGACAGGCACUGACUCCAGGCUUAGGCUGUCUUUCUGACUUAGCAGCUUCACCCCCAUGUGUGCGCGCUCAUGUAUGUAUGCACAUCUGUUCUCAUGCACAUGUGUCUGUUUUCCUCAGGAGGGAGGCCGGGGUUUGUGUAAAGUAAUAUUUUAUACGUUAAUAAUAACUAUGGACUUCAGGCUUUGUGUAAAAUAAGAGCUCAUCGAGAUUGGCUGUGCUGUUCAACACAGCAGAAAUGGGUCAUGAGUAAGGUUUGUCAGAGCUGCCAAGUCUGUAGUUUCUUAACCUCUUGGCCUCCAGCCAGGGGGCUUAAGCUUCCAAUCUGAUGUUGCUGCCUGUGUUCCUGCAACUCUUUCCACCCAAUAUCUCUUCCCCUCCAUCAAAAAAGGCCCUAGCCUUUUUUGCCCUUGCCUUCCUGCACCCUCUUACAGGGGGUUGGGGGGUGAUCUUGUGCUGGUCUAGGACAGGGUGAAUGAACAGGGGACCAAAGACUAGCAGGGCUGAUCUCCUCUCCUCCUGGGAAAGAAAAAAAAAAAAAAAAAAGCAGAUCAGCCUCUAAUGGCAUGCCUGUGGAAUCUGGAGUGAGGGUUGUAAAAACUGAUCUUGCUCCACUAUGGGAGGCUAAAGCUGGACUAGGCCUCACUGCAGUUACAUAACCAACCAGCUGUGAUCUGAGAAGCCUCCCAACUUCACACACACUGCGAUUCUGUGACAGGUAGCCAGGGGCAGCUGCUGGCAGGAAGUAGGGAAAUCCUUGAUUUAAACAUCUCUGAAGGAAGGUAGGGGUGAAAAGGGCUCUUUUGUACUUUGUACAUGGGCGUGCAAUUUGUGUAAACCAUGUUUUGAAUAAAUUUUUUUUCAUAAA